UAACCAAUUCUACGUCAGCCGAUUUAGCUGCAACAUCUGGCAAACCAUACACCUAAUUGGAACCAUAUAGAGCUAGUUAUGAGCUGGUGAGUCAAUGGAAAACCACUCAUCUCGCUAUAAUACCACACCCAGCAUUAAAUAACCCCUGACAACAUAGUGUCAGGCAUCGAUGUAGUGUCAUGCACCGAUCUUCCGUCGACUCUUCUCGCUCCGGCACACGUCUAAUGCCCUCCACCUCUGAUCUCCGCCCCAUCGGCCACGCAUACCUAGCCUCGACGCUCGCUUUUCCCAUGCUCGCGCUUGAUCGCCGUGAAACUGCAAUCCCACGUACGGCGUACAUAACACCUUCCAUGAGGAUCCGACAACUCAUUCUGAUUAGACAGCAUAGCCAUCUGCAUCGGCUUCUGCGCCCACCUCCUCGUCAAGGUGUAUACUUAAGACGGGAGUCACGUCUAGGUGACAGAGGUCAUAAUAAGUCGAGAAAAACCACCUUGAUGGAAGCACAGGUCGGGGGCGAAUCUGGUUCUGUUGGCCGCGUAUGCAGCGUCGGUGACAAAGCGCAUGGGAUGAUCGUCCGAUGUGGAAGGGGUCUGUUGCCGUACAGAAAGCACUUAUCUUCCAGCAGACCUUGACUAAAGCGACAUCAACUUAUACUCCCGGUGGAUGCCAAGAUUCUUCUCUUGAUGGUCCCGUUGGCGAACUCAUUUUCGUUAUGAGCUGGACGGACCACAGCGGCAUGUGGAGAUGGAAGACUCUCACUUGAAAUUGACCAGCCACAUAACGGGCUAGCCAUUUAAAUGAUUUGUUGUAGCAGGCAUCGGGAUUUUGAAAGUACUGCAAGCUGGAGACCUU